AUGACCUUGCUGGACGACGCCAAUGUCACUCUAUUUUCUGGGUUUCCACAUCAGUUACCAACCAUAUUUAUUACCUAUUCCCAUCUAAUGACCUUUCAUUUGACCUUCGAUAAGACACAACUUAUUGGAAGAUAUGGUUUCACCAUGAUCAUGAACAUCACUACACUUCCAGAGAGCAGUCGUCCACAGUUUCAAAUCGUCUUUAAUUCUUCAACAUCAGCGAAGCAGAACGUGGAUGCUGGCAAGGUGAUGGCACAUUCAAGCAAGGAAUAUUUCAGGUUGACGAUAUGCCAGCUUUCGAAAACUGCUAAAGAACAACGUGGCGUCCAGCUGCCGGUGAUUUUCACAAAUGGACCGCAUGACAGACUGUCAAAGGCUGCGUACAUACGGUGUCCGGCCAAUCACUUCACUCACGUCUUCCUGGCUUGUGAUGACGUCUCUUCCUGUUGGUCCAAUAAGUCUGGCGCCACGCCUUCCUGUUCCGCACCACUGACGCCACUUCCGCCGUCUUUUAAGUGUGGCGGUGAGGAUAGUGUCCCUUACACACUCGUGUGUGACCAUCAGCCUGACUGUAAAGACGAAAGUGACGAAGAUUUCUGCGUUUUCGAACCGUGCGAUAGUCCGUUAUUUGUAUUUUGCAGCGGAAGAAGGUGUGUUCAUUAUAGAAACGUCUGUGAUGAUAAAGCGGACUGUGAUGACUAUGCCGACGAAAUCCUGUGCCACAUAAGCUCUUUGGAAGCGAAUGUUAUUUCCUUUGAUAAAUUAAUUUCUACAUCUGCUAGACUUGAGUAUCGAGAGGGACUGCUAGUGUUGACUAAUCACAACAUGUCUGAAGCAUCGACGUUUUCUUGUCCUGUUUCCCACUUCAUGUGCGCCAGUCUUCACCAGGUCUGUCUUCCUGUCUUCCUCCGUUGUAACGGGCUCUACGACUGUCCUGAUCACGAAGACGAGGCGGAAUGCGACAGGUAACGUG